AUGUCCCCCCCGACUGGAAAUGCAGGCCGAGAGAAGGAGUCCAACUUGGCCAGACUCCUCGGCUCAGGCUCCGCUGGUAUCGCCGAGCUGGCAAUUUUCCACCCAGUCGACACCAUUGCCAAACGAUUGAUGAGCAACCAAACCCGAGUUGCCAGUACGAGCCAGUUGAACCAGGUUAUUUUCAAGGACAAGGCUGGCGCUCCUUUCGGUCGAAAGUUCAUAUCGCUGUUCCCAGGUCUCGGUUACGCAGCCGGUUACAAGGUCCUGCAAAGAAUCUACAAGUAUGGCGGUCAGCCUGUUGCGCGCGACUAUUUGGCCAAGAACUACGGCAAGGAGUUUGAGUCGGCUUUUGGCAAGAAGACCGGCAAGGCCAUGAUGCACUCCGCUGCUGGCAGUCUUAUUGGUAUCGGCGAAAUCGUCCUGCUGCCUCUGGACGUCCUCAAGAUCAAGCGCCAGACGAACCCCGAGGCUUUCAAGGGCCGCGGCGUCCUGAGGAUCGUCGCCGAUGAAGGAUUUGGACUAUACCGUGGUUGGGGAUGGACGGCGGCCCGCAACGCUCCCGGUUCAUUCGCGCUUUUUGGCGGUUCUGCCUUCGCCAAGGAAUACAUGUUCCAGCUCCAAGACUACAACAAGGCCACGUGGUUCCAGAACUUUGUUGCCUCCAUUGCCGGAGCCUCGGCGUCGCUCCUUGUCUCUGCUCCCCUCGACGUGAUCAAGACCCGAAUCCAGAACCGCAACUUUGACAAUCCCGAAAGCGGAUUCCGCAUCUUGUCCAACAUGGCUCGUAAAGAGGGCUUCUCAAGCUUCUUCAAGGGCCUGGUACCCAAGCUGCUCAUGACCGGUCCCAAGCUCGUCUUCUCUUUCUGGCUUGCCCAGACACUUAUACCCGCCUUUGAUGCCGCCUUCUCCAAGCAGUAA